GGGAGUGAACAGAGCAGAGCCCUGCUCCUCACCAGGGCCCUGCCAAGGCUGAGAGUCAGCGUGGUGCACAGGACGAACAACCUCAGCAUCCCAGCACUGUUGCAAAAGAAGAGCUGCUUGAAAAAGGAGUGUGCUGAAGGCUAGACACCUGUCAAAUUCGGAUUUUCCUUGAAGAAAGAAAGCUAAGAAUGCAACCAACAAUAAAGUGAAAAAGCUGUGCAGCUGAAGAAGCAUUCUUCCACUUGGUGAAAAUGUCUUUUAUUUUUUGACAACGAUUAAAGAACAAUGGGGUCAAACACACUUGGGAAGGCUGCAACAUUGGAUGAACUUUUGAACGCUUGUAUUGAAAUGUUUGAUGACAAAGGAAAUCAGUGCUCCAGCCAUUUGCCAAGAACCUUUCUUCUAAUGCACCGCUGGUACCUGCCUUCCACAGAGCUUGCUGGCAAGCUUCUGUCCACAUAUAGAGAUGCCAGUGGGGAGAACUGCAAUGAAUUCAGAUUAAAAAUCUGCUAUUUCAUGAGAUACUGGAUUUUGGAAUUUCCUGCAGAAUUUAACUUGGAUCUUGGACUGAUUCGCUUGACUGAAGAGUUUCGAGAGUUAGCCAGCCAGCUCGGCUACGAGGAUCACAUCCAUCUUAUUGAUAUCUCCAGCAUUCCUUCCUAUGACUGGAUGAGAAGAGUUACACAGAGGAAGAAGAUUUCCAAGAAAGGAAAAGCCUGCCUGCUGUUUGAUCAUCUGGAGCCCAUUGAGCUGGCUGAACAUCUCACUUUUCUGGAGCAUAAAUCUUUUCGGAGAAUUUCUUUCACAGACUACCAAAGCUAUGUGAUCCAUGGCUGCUUGGAGAACAAUCCUACUUUGGAGAGGUCUAUCGCUUUAUUUAAUGGUAUCUCCAAAUGGGUCCAGCUCAUGGUUCUCAGCAAGCCAACACCUCAGCAAAGGGCAGAAGUAAUCACAAAGUUUAUCAAUGUUGCACAGAAGCUCCUUCAUCUCCAGAACUUCAACACACUGAUGGCAGUUGUGGGAGGUCUCAGCCACAGCUCUAUUUCUCGCCUGAAAGAGACUCAUUCUCAUCUGUCUUCAGAAGUCACAAAGGACUGGAACGAAAUGACAGAGCUGGUCUCUUCCAAUGGAAACUACUGCAACUACCGCAAGGCUUUUGCUGACUGUGUUGGCUUCAAAAUUCCUAUUUUAGGAGUUCAUUUGAAAGACUUGAUUGCUGUCCACGUCAUUUUUCCUGACUGGAUAGAUGAAAAUAAAGUAAACAUAGUGAAAAUGCAGCAGCUUUCCAUCACCUUGAGCGAACUGGUUUCCCUGCAAACUGCCUCUCAUCACUUAGAGCCUAAUAUGGAUUUAAUUAACCUGCUAACACUGUCCUUGGACCUCUAUCACACAGAGGAUGACAUCUACAAGCUCUCAUUGGUGCUGGAACCAAGGAACUCCAAAUCUCAGCCUACCUCCCCGACGACCCCAAGCAAGCCAGUGGUGCCUCUGGAGUGGGCAUCUGGAGUGGUACCCAAGCCUGACCCGACAGUCAUUAACAAGCACAUAAGAAAGUUAGUGGACUCUGUCUUUAGGAACUAUGAUCAUGAUCAUGAUGGCUAUAUUUCUCAGGAAGACUUUGAAAGUAUAGCUGCCAACUUCCCCUUUUUGGACUCUUUCUGUGUGCUGGACAAAGACCAAGAUGGUCUUAUAAGCAAAGAAGAAAUGAUGGCUUACUUUCUGAGAGCUAAAUCGCAGUUCCAGUGUAAAAUGGGACCAGGGUUUAUUCACAACUUCCAGGAGAUGACCUAUCUUAAACCAACUUUCUGCGAGCACUGUGCAGGAUUUCUCUGGGGUAUAAUCAAACAAGGCUACAAAUGCAAAGACUGCGGUGCCAACUGCCAUAAGCAAUGCCGAGACCUGCUUGUGCUUGCCUGCAGAAAAUUUUCCAGAGGAACCUCUGUGGGCAGCAACCACGGCUCCCUGCCUAGCAGCCCCUCUCUGCCGCCAGUCCAGGAUGAGGUAUUCGAAUUUCCCAGCGUUGCUACAGAACAUCAGGACCUUGAUAGCAGAGCUAUCACCCUUGUCACUGGCUCCUCACGGAAAAUUUCAGUGCGGCUGCAGCGGGCAACCACCAGCCAAGCAACGCAGACAGAACCACUGUGGCAUGAGCCGGGCUGGAGCGACUCAGGAUCCCAUACUUUCCCCAAAAUGAAGUCCAAGUUCCACGGCAAAGCUGGGAAGAACAAAGGGUUUGCAAAAUGGGAGAACGAAAAGCCCAGCAUGCAGGCCAAUGUAGAUAUAGACACUGAGGCUCCCCAGCACAUCCUGGAUCACAAUGGAAUAGAAACGCUCCCCGAAAGACAGGAAUCUGAGGACAGCUGAUUGCUUACCCUGAAACACAGAAAAAUGGAUGACAACCGUAGUACAGCCAGUUGACAGACUGUCAUAGACCACAUUUGGCCAUGGGAAGUUUUCCUGUACCUCAUACUUUUAAAUUCAACCGUAGCCAUUUUUCAAGAGCUGAUAGGUGUUACAGAGCACUAUUUAUUUUCUUGCAUGAUUAAGCCAUUUGGAUGAACAUUACACGGACACAGCAGAACAGAUCUCUGCGCUCAGUGUUUUUUUCUCUUGUAUGACUUUGUGGAAACUUCCUCUACAUGCCAGCGAGGAUGUAUUUGGUCUCCUUUGAAUAUACUGCAUCAUUUCAGUAUGUCUGCCAGCAACAACAAUGGUGAGGACAGAAGCCAACCAUCCACGUUCGUUUGAUAACACUCCUUUUUCAGAGGCUUGCAAUGAUUUUUAAGGAAAGAAGUAGGUGUGUAUGUUGAUUACAUCUCAAACAAAAAUCUUUCCAAAAAGUCCUCUACACUGAAAUCCUUUGCACACCCGCUGGUUUGAAUCUGGGGCACGUUUACCUUGCUAUAGCGAGUGCAGUGAUGUUCAGCACGGUGAUAACAGUUCCUAGACCGAGGAUCCUUCGAGCACAGAGCCUGUGGCUGGGAGCAAAGGAGUUCCAAGACACUAUGCAGAUGUCUGGUGAUACUGCAAGGGAGAGGAGUCCUCUCUGCCAGCACUGAUUAUGGUAGAAUUAGUAUGUAAUAAACAUCUUAGUUUAAGUGUGUGUCUGUAUGUGUAUGUAAUGUUCCAUGUUUUUCUCAGGGUAGCAAUCCAUACAUGUUGAGUAAAAUAUGACACGAAGCGUACUGAUGAGUAACUUUCAAAUUAAGUUUGUUAGUGUAGGAUCUAACACCCCAAUCUGCAAUGACUGGAGAAGCAGACUCGAAGUGGGAUGUCUCAGAAACAUUAACUUACCUAAGGCGCACAACCCUCACCUGGAAUAAGAGAGAAAAGCAAAACCCAGGGCAAAUCUCAAACCUGAACGACAUGGUCCACACUGGUAAACACACUGUCGUCAUCUCCUUCCCCCUCCACCUCCCCAGAGAAAUAGUAGCUGUGGGGGAGCACACACGCUGAAUUAAAGCAACCCUAAAUGAAAGAUUUCCUACAAAAUUCAAGUCAUUGCACCCUUCACCAGGUGAAGCCCUGAAGAUCAAAGAGCACUUCCAUAGACUUCCCUAACCAAAACUGACCAACUCCUCUGUGGAAAUCUGACUGUAAACUGUGCUGUGACUACAUGAGGCCUGCUCAGAGUUGCAGGUUUCCUUUGUUUUCCAGCCCUAAUGGUAAUGAUGGUAAAAAUCCGAGAACAGAAAGAAAAGGUACUCUUAAAAGAAAAGAAUUAAGAAAUAAGCACUGCAGUGAGCACUGAUUUCUGAGCUAGGAUGAGAGCCAGAAGCAUCCUUCGCUCACACUGCUGUGGGCAAAGAGCAGACACGAGCAGAAAUAGAGAAAUACAGCCUGUAUUUCCUGUGGGGGCCAGGUGACGGGCCGCCACAUGCUGACUGCACAGCUACCGUUACAGCGCAUGGCUCGCACACAAUGAAAAUGAUGUGGUAGAGAAUUUGAAUAGAAAAAUUUGGUUACGAUCCAGGCUGUUGAUGGAUCUGUUGAGAUAAGCCUUUUAACGCUUUAUAAAUGAGGUGUUUGUGUGUAACUUCAUUCUUAACAUCAUGUAAGAGUUUUAACCAGCGCUGGGUCUGUACAGCUCAGGCUAUUUCUCACAGGCUUUUGAAAAUCAGUUGCAGCUCUUGCUCUGAAAGUUGCCUGCUCUCCUAUUUCUGUCAGGCCCACAAACCAUGCCUAUCUGCAUUUCUUUGUCGGAGAAGAAUGUUUCUAGCACACAACCUUUACCUAUUCCCCAGGAUAUUUACAGAUUUUUGUCUAAGUUAUUUAAAACGCUAGGUGCUCUGUUCUUUUCUUUGAACAUAUGUUGUCUUUUCCCCAUACACCAUCAUCAAGAGAUAGAAUCACAUUUAAGAGAAAAAUGAUGUCUUCUACAGAAGCAGCUCCUGCUUUCUGAGGGAUCUUUUCUGCUAGCAAGUAGACCACUUUAGCUUCAACCCACUGCAGAAAUCUCAUCAAUGCAUCUCCUGAAAGCCUGGCAGCUUUGGGUAGCUACAUGCUUACCUCAGCAGUAGCUAGAAUUAAGUUGUAGAUCAAGCAUAGACCGUGUGCACACCCAGCUGAUCCUUCAAAGCAAAGUAUCACCACGUCCAAGAAGGACCCACACUAGGGGAGAGUUUCAAGGAGCUGCUCCUGCUGGAACCCUUUGCUUUAGGCAACCUAGGAAGGGGAGUGAUGAGCAUUGCAGGCAGUAAAUGUUCACUGCCAUUGGAAAAUCUGAGGAAAAGAUACUGGGUCGAAAUGCAGCCACCCACCAAAAAGGAACAGGCUCAUCAUAGACAAUGUAAUAACUCAAUUUAAAAAAAUGCAUUAGCAGGUUGUUUGCAGCAGAACACUGAUCUUUGUUUGACAACAAGCGACAGAGUGGAGAGAGGUGGCAGGGCAGGAGCAAUCACUUUAAGAAGUCGGUGUAAGAUGAGCUCCUUACUUUGCAGGAUGCCUGAAUACAUAAAAUAAAAAAUCCUUUUCUCUCCUUACUUCACAGUUGACGCCUUUUUCUGAACGGGGACAAGACUUUUCCUCAGCUCACAAAAACAAGCUUAGAUCCCCAGUCUGAGUAAAGCAACAAAGAAUUUCUUGUUUGGCUCUUCUGACUUCACAAAAGGCAAAACCUUCACAGAUCCCAACUGAGCUAUACACCUCUGCUGUCCUCGGUGAAAUCCUGCCUGCUUGUAGAGCAAUUCCAGGAGAGUGUUCAGGAAAAGGUGCAAGAGGGUCAUGUGUAUUGGAUUAAUGAAGUAGCUACAGUGAGAAACAAUCCCAGAUGAUGCUGGGUACUUCUACCACAUCCCUUCUUCCUUCCUCUGGAUCUUUAGGAAUCUGAGUGGGAAAAAGGGGCAUUUUUGUGCUCUGAAGGAGCGGAAAGAAGAAAGAUUAUGCCAAACCUUAUUUACACGCCAAGUCUUAUUUACAGCCUUAUCUGUGAAUGCCAAAGAAUAGAAGCAAUGACAGUAGGUGAAAAAUGCAAAUGCUUGGGUAGACCCUGUAAGAGAUGGUAGGGCUGUUGAAGCCAAACCCACCAGCACUUUCUGUGCUUCUGCAAAUCCUACACAAAGCCUUGUGUUACAAGUAAGCGGGCUGCAGCUUUGCCACCAGAUUUACCAAGCAGCUCUGAGCACUAUGCAAGUAGCCAAGUGGAUAUCCGUCUGAGCGAGCUGUAAACCGAGGGAGCUGUAUUUCAGCACUCUCCCCGAGUCUAGAUCUUGCCCUCUCCCGCCCCCAAGUCUUAUCCAGCCUUUGGACUUUAAAAGAAUAA